GUCCCCCCGACCUGGCCCCAUGCACAGACCGGACGACCGUCCGGGGCACCUGACACACACGCCGUCCCGACCGCGAUGGCAUGGGCGUCAGCUCCUCCGAGCUGGGAGGUGAGCCGCCUUCGGAUGCUCCGCUGUGCGUGGAGAGCUUUUCGGGAGCGCCCUGGAGCAAACCAUCGGUGCAGGUUGCUUCGAAGCGGCGAACGAAGCUAAGGAGAGAGAGACGUCUCCUGCCACUCUUGCGCAGCUGGGCGGUGGGCAGCUGCGUGUGGUCCGACCGCACCUGGACCUACACUCGCAUGGGGGGCUUCACCCUCGAGGCCUUCCAGUUUAAGGCCUAUGGUGCAGUGGACCGCCGCUGGGCGCGGGUGGAGGUCAAAGCACCCUCGCGCCAAGGCAUCACGGUGUACCUCUUGGGCGAGACGAAGGAAGUGGAUGCACCCUGGGCCUUCUCUGCUGGCGCUCCACGCUUGGAUCACGACUCCUGGAACGAUGUGUGUGAGACCCUGCCGGAAUAUGAAGCGGGCGCGAGCUACCGGUGGCCCAGGUAUCCAGCUAAGACGAUCCAACGCCGACACCACACCGGGACCUCGGCCUCGAACCCGGUCCACCCGAGCUUCGACUGGGCCCGCUGGUGCCGCGUGCCGCCGGGUGGAUCUCUGCGCUUCGAAGGGCAAGGGGGGAAGGUGGAUCUCUUCGUCCGGCUCUUCGACGACGCGCGAGCCCGAGACGGACGUGAGUCCGUCGGCCGCAGAGGCCUGGUUCCUCCGGUGCUCUCCGCGAAGAAAGGGUCCAGGAAAGGUGAGAAACAACAUCCAGGAGAGGUGUGGGCCGCCGGCGAUGCGGCAGAGCGAUGCGGGGCUCCGAGGUGCAGGCAAGUGCCAGGAUCAUCAAGCCCUCCUGGCCCCUCCGGAAGAUGGCUGGCUGGCCUCGGAAUCGGGCUGGGCCACCCAUGCCGCGUGCAGCUCCACCUGGCUGCGGAGGCGCGCAGAGAAUGGCAGCAGCCUUUUCUACUGCUUGCCGCUGAAGUCUUCCUGGGCCUAUUUGCCAGGCCGCGGCCUCGUGCCGGUGGACAGCUGCUUGAACGUGCUGAGCUGCAUGCGGGACGCACAGACCACCUGGCGGCAGUGCUUCCAAAGUUGGAAGGAACACGUCGUGGCCGUGGGCGCCUGGCGCAAGCGCCUGCGAGUCAUCACCGGCGAGGCACAGGAGAGCCGCUCGGAGCACUUCGAGCUGCGCACGGCCUUCCGGAAGCCCUCGCUGAAGCGCAGCGCCUCCACGUCGAGCACGCCCAAGAAGGUGUCCUUCGCUUCGACCGACGAAGACGUCGAGUCGCCGUCGGCGCCCGAAUCGGUGGAAAAAAGAGCGGUCUGCAGGUGGAGCAGUGGUUGCGAGGAUGACCACUGAUCAUGCACCCUGGUGGACCUCGAAGUUUGGUUCAAUAAAAGCGCAAGACAUGGUUGGACAUCCUGAAGACAUGGAUGUGAGGAUAAGUCUUCGUCUUCGUCACCAGAUGAGUGAAUAGGAGUGGGGCACUCUUUUCC